AGGGUGUGUGGCCUCUUCACACUCACAACAUCAUCAUCAUCACGCGAGAUACGACUACUGUGGAUUACUAACCCAAGCCAUGCUCUUCUCUGCAUUGCAGCUUGCCUGAGCUGAGGGAUCAGUGGUUACAGAUUUUAUACAGGAAAACUGCGGAGGCAAGGUUGUUAGCGGGCAGCACUUCCCCACCGCCCAGCGUCCUCAUGAAGGUGCUGAGUGGCAAUACCACGAAUAAAACGCUAAGUGGAGAUGGGAUGGACUCUGACUUGCUUGUUGAUAGCAACGGCAAAAACUCCGCCCUUUCAAAACAGUUGCAUAACCAGGAGGCACAUGCACAGCAGCCGAUUGGAGAAAAUGGAGGCAAAAAGUCCUUUAAAAUCCCAUUUAAGCUGAAGAGAAGCUCAACAAGCCCAAGUGUAACUGCUCAUCCUGAGUCCAGUGCAAAGAACUUGCUGUUUGGACGAAAUCUCCAAGAUGACACCGCACUCCCAAAACCAAUUGUUGAAAUACUCCUGUUGUUGUUCAGGAAGGGGCCAGUUACUGAGGGGGUUUUCAGAGUCUCAUGUAACAGCAAAAACCUGCAUACUCUCAGAGAUCAGCUCAAUUCUGGGGCUGAGGUGGACAUGGAUGCCCUGCCUGUGACGCUCUUGGUUGGUUUGCUGAAGAUUUUUCUGAGGGAACUGCCUGGAGGUCUGCUGGUGUCUGAGCAUUAUGAAAGCUGGAUCGGAGCUCUGGAGAAAGAGCGGACAGAGGAGGUGCAAAGUGAGCUGAGAAGAAUGGCCGAGAAGUUGCCCAAAGCAAACAGUCUCCUCCUGCAGCACCUGUUGUGCCUUUUCCACCACAUCAGCCAGCGAUCAGAAACCAACAAAAUGGAUGCCAAGAAUCUAGCUGUGUGCAUUGCUCCAACCUUGCUGCAUCGUGACAGCCAGCCCCUAGACGUGGAUGUUGUGGAAAAGGUCACAAAACUUAUCCAGUUCCUGACUGAGAAUUGCUGUGAGAUAUUUGGGCAUGUUAUCCUGACGUUGUUUGGGGAUCUAGAAGAUCGGGAGGCCAUUGACAAGUCGGAUUCAGCCUCCUUGAUGUCCCCCGAUAUAUCCUUCGAAGUCCACCAACCUGACUCGGCAUACGACAGCACAGAUCCUGAUGCAGAUUGUGACUGUGUGGAAGCCGAGAGCCAUGAAGAAGGUAUGAUGCCACGUGGGAGCCUAGGCCUAAGCAAGAAGGGACGCUCUGACAUUCAAUCUUGUUCCUCUGAUGCUAUAUUUGACACAUUCACCAAAACUUUCAGUCGGCGGAGCUCUGAGCCCUCCAUUUUAUCUACUCUGCCUAUAACGGGUUUAAGAGAGCUCGCUCGCAGCCAUGAUGACUUUUCAACAGAGAAGGAAGACUUUGUCGAUCAGCCACUUAAAAAGCAGAACUCAGAUGACUCUUUCCUGCUUCCCAACCGCUCUGAGAACAGAAGAUCACUCAAAAAACUGUCUGGGAGUUUCAACAUGGACUUGCCUAUCAUUGUGUCUUCUCCAACAUCUAAGAUUGGUUCCUGCCCAUCGUUUUGUUCCUCAGACAGCAGCUCCUCAAAUCUCUCAGAGCAGUCAAAACCCCCCUCACCUCUGCCAUCCCCUGCAACCCCCCGCAAAACUCAGUCUACCAGGCAUGCAUCGUUUAUGAUUAAAUCUAGACAUAACCAUGCUCAAGGAGACCAAGAAGUUACCCGCCGAUCCCUCUCAAUGAGAGCCAAGAGUCUCGGAAACUUUACAUUUAACAGAAGCAGUCUGAAGAAAGGGGACUCCCAGAAGGAAAUGGUCUUCCCGUGUGAAACUCUCCAAGAGGACUCGCAAAAUGAGACGGAGAACCCUGAUGAACUUGUUCGCCGGCGACGACCUCUUUCUGCCAUUGAGGUCUUCCAGCAGGUGGACAGCCGGAUGCCAUGUAGCCCCCCGUCCUACGAGCAGGCGCUUCAGACCGGAGUCCACCCAGCCCCACCGCAAUACAGAGAAAUGACAGUUCAACAUGCUCGAGAACUGGGCAAGAAAUCUCGCCCCAUAUCCAUGAACGACAACCUCCUAGACAUUUACAAAGUGAACGAGUCCACAGAAUGCCUAGAAACAUUCGCAGAGAGCAUUCAAUUAGAUAAACCGCAGCUGGUGACAUUCCGGCAGAGGGCCAUGUCCGAAUCAGUAUCCCAGCUGAAACAUGAAAGAGUGUCCCGCAGGUGUAGUCAACCUGUUUUCGAGGAGUUCUCCUAUGCCAAGGAAUCUUAUGUGUAAGUGAUUCUUUCUUAAUUGCAAUAUUGAACUCCUUGUUAAAGGAUUAGUUCACCCACAUUUUAAUUAUGCUAUUAAUUAUUCACCCUCAUGUCAUUCCAUCCUCUCAUGCCAACACAAAUUAAAUAGUUUAGAUAAAAUCCAAGAGCUACCUCAUCCUCCGUAGGCAGCAACGGUCCUAAGUUUAAAGUCUACAAAAGGAACUAAAAACAUUGUCAAAGCAUUCCAUAUGACCAUAGUGGUUCAACUGUAAUCAUACGAAGCUACAAGAACACUAUUGUGCACCAAAAACAUGUCAUAUUGUCCGUAGUAAAUGUCCACCCUGAUCUAAUAUGGUAGACAUUGCCAAAAAGUUGUUUUUGCUGUUUUUCGGGUAAACAAAAGUGCUCUUGGAGCUUCGAAUAGUUACAGUUGAACGACUGAAGUAACAUGGAAUGUUUUGACAACUUUGUUGGAUUUUAUAGACUUCUGGUAUAUUGUUGCCAUCUAUAAUGGAUGAUGAAGCUCUUAGAGUGCAUCUAAAAUACCUAGAUUUAUGUUCUGAAGAUGAACUAAGGUCUCUGGCAAUUGAAGCGAUAUGAGGGAGAGUAAUUAAUAACAGAAUUGUCAUGUUUGGGUAACUAAUCCUUUAAGAUUUUAAAGUAAAGUGUGCGAUUUUUGUGCAACAAAAAUCCUCAAGGAAAACUGCAACCAUUUCCCUCUUCUCCCAUCAGUCCAAUAGUCCAAUCCUAAACUCACUUCAUUGGUUAAACAACUGUUGCACUGUCAAAAUAAGGUACUCAUACUUUGCUGCAUUGUGGUAGCCAUUAUCUUUCCUUUUCAAACGCUUCCUUGCUUGUUAAUAAGCUGUAUAAUGUGGGUUUGUUUGUUUAUUAAUACUUCUUGAGAGUCACACUGAGCACUCCUGCAAACGUAAUGUGGAAUGUGAUCAAAUAAAAUGUAUUUGACUGGAUAUUAACACCAGACAGGGCCUUAAGUUUAUUUUGGAUAGGAUAAUCUAUUUUAAAAUAGUGAAACUGCACACUUUAGCUUUAAAGUACUUUGCUCAGCUGAACUGUAGUGACACAUUAAAUGUGUUAUACUGAUCUCAUAUGCUAAUAUUGAAUCUUGCCAGUAUGAAGCUAUGUAAAUAGUUACAGUAAUUAAAUUGUACAACAUAAAAAAAUUGUCUGCAAUUUUGAAGUAGUAUGUACAGCUGUAAAAUACAAUAUUUCUGUAUUAUUUACUCUUUAUUUCACUACAAUAAAAAUCUUUAAGGCCA